AUGGCUCCGUGCAAAAACAUUGUCGUCAACUUUCUUGAGGAACUGUGUCUGCCAGAACCACUGCUUGGCUGUAAGAAACACCCAAACGUUAGGAAAAAGCUGAGACUGAUACGAAUAACAGGACUUUUCCUGGGUAUCGUGGCCGUUAGCACGCUGUAUCUUUCAAUUAGUGCCUUUUUCCAGUCGCAACCUUAUAGCACAGAGACAACCAGCAAUCUAGAUAGCCAUAAGUCAAAGCACAUGCAUCAAAGAACUCUAUUGGACUUUAACGAACAGAAUCAAACCGGCGCUCCAGAUUCACCUAUUUCUAUGAAAUAUGAAGCUGGGCAGGAUAACCAUACGGAGGAGCACUCCAAGGGAGAGUACCCGGAAGAUCUUUUUUCUCUUGAAGAAAGACGGAGGGGUGCUGUAAUACUUCAUAUUUGUGGAAUGGUUUACAUGUUCAUAGCCUUAGCCAUUGUCUGCGAUGAGUUCUUUGUUCCUUCAUUGACAGUCAUUACAGAAAAACUGGCGAUUUCUGAUGAUGUGGCCGGGGCAACAUUCAUGGCUGCUGGUGGCUCAGCCCCAGAACUCUUCACUUCUCUAAUAGGAGUUUUUAUAUCCCACAGCAAUGUCGGCAUUGGAACAAUAGUUGGCUCUGCCGUGUUCAAUAUCCUCUUCGUGAUUGGGAUGUGUGCUUUAUUUUCCAAGGAGAUCCUGCACCUCACCUGGUGGCCCCUCUUCCGGGAUGUGUCUUUUUACAUCAUGGACCUGAUAUUGCUGAUCAUCUUCUUUUUGGAUAACUUCAUCAUGUGGUGGGAAAGUUUAACGCUGCUGUUUGCUUAUUUCGUCUACGUGACGUUCAUGAAGUUCAACGUGCAAGUGGAAGAACUGGUAAAAAGCCUGCUAAGCAAGAACAAAGUGGAAAAAGUAUCGCCAGAAGUCGAAGCAAAGGUUAGUAUCGUAUGGAGAAACUAG